AUGUCAGAAAUAAUGGAAGCAGACUACAUCGUAAGAAAUUUGUUAAUGAACAAUCUCAACAUAAAGUUAGUGGCUAUUGAUUUGGAUCGUACACUCCUCGAUACAAGUGUUGCCAGGCAUCCAUUCAUGGCAGCGAAAGAUGUGGCAAAGUACCAUGUAAAGGCAAUGUUUCGCAUUUUGGUACCAAUAAUUUUAGAUUCUCGCUUAGAAUGCUGCAUAGUGACUUAUACGUGGCAAACGAAGCUCAUUCGUAAUAUACUAUCCGCAGCUUUUCCUCACCAUGAUACGAGUCGUAUUAGAAUAGAGGGUCCCAAACAACCACUGCCUGGGCUUUAUUUAAUAGGAGAAAAAUUAUAUGGAAAAGAAAAAUAUUUGGAAACUAUUCUAUCAUUAAUAAAAGCUGAAAAAAAUCUUCAUAUUAAAAACGAUGAAAUAUUUUUGUUUGACGAUAGUCAGAAAAACAUAGAUGCAGCGAUAAAAAACAAUCAUUACUAUUAUAAAGUAACUGACCAAUCGUCAGUGCAAGAUUUAAGAAAGCACGUCGAACAUUUUAUAAGACAAAAAGAAAAUGUCUACAAGCCUGAAAAGGAUAUUGUUCAACCAUAUUUAAUCAACAAAGUGGCCAUCGAUAACUCUGUUAUCCAAACAAACAACGUGCCACAUCCACAAACAAUUUUUAUACAGCCUAAUAUUUUAAUUUUUCACUCUCUCUCUCAAGAUAAUACUCUUUUUUAA